CCAAACGAGCCUUCCGUCCCCCGGACCCACUCCGACCUAUGUACCUACACUCAGACCAAGAACGGCAUCGGCUUUCCUCGCACUGGGCGGCUUUGGAGUGCAUCACAUGCCCGCUGCAAGAAUUCUGGUCCUGACGUAAGCGACUUUAGUGUCGAAACCCCUGGCCUGUCUGGUGCUACGCCGUCGGCAUUCCCCCAGACUUGGAGCAAAACUGGGGACUCUGGGACAGGUUGCCCCCCCGCUGCGGGAUGGAUAUCCUCGGCUGAAGCGGGCGCUGUGUCUGUUCGCCAGCCGCCAGGUACCGUGGCUUCGAAUGGCUUUGAGGUUCACGGCCUAGGGCGCACCGCAUCUUUGACUAUUUCCCGAGGGCUUCCCACGAUCCAAGCUCUUCCCAUUUCUUCUCAUCUUUUUGUCUCUUGCUCUUCCGAGUUGUCUGAGCGAUCUCGAGGCUAUAUUUCUACUACAUCUUAUACCAUGUCGUCGCUUGCCAGGGCCGUUCGCCCUGCCUUGAGGGGAAGCCGCGGUGUUGCUGCCCUCGCGAGGGUGAGGACUUGCACACCGGGCAGAGCGUUAUCACCAAUCCAGCAGACCGCAAGACCCAUUUCCACCACCCAGCGCCGUCGCAAUGCCGACCACUUCGACAUCGCCGAUAUCCCUCCCACGCCCAUCACCCACCUCUCCGAGGUCGAGGCCGCAAUGCAGGAGGCGGUGAGCAAGUUCGCCAACGACGUGAUCGCGCCAAAGGUGCGCGAGAUGGACGAGGCGGAGAACAUGGACCCGGCCAUCGUGGAGCAGCUCUUUGAGCAGGGGCUUAUGGGCGUCGAGAUCCCCGAGGAGUACGGCGGCGCGGGCAUGAACUUUACCAGCGCCAUCAUUGGCAUUGAGGAGCUCGCGCGCGUCGACCCCAGCGUCAGCGUCCUCGUCGACGUGCACAACACCCUCGUCAACACGGCCAUCAUCAAGUGGGGCAGCAGCCAGCUCAAGAAGCGCUUCCUGCCCAAGCUCGCCACCAGCACCGUCGGCAGCUUUUGCCUCAGCGAGCCCGUCAGUGGCUCCGACGCGUUCGCGCUGGCGACCAAGGCGACCAAGACGGAGAGCGGGUACAGGAUCAGCGGUUCCAAGAUGUGGAUCACCAAUUCCAAGGAGGCUGACUUCUUCAUCGUAUUUGCGAACCUCGACCCGUCCAAGGGGUACAAGGGCAUCACGGCGUUCAUCGUCGAGAAGGACGCCAAGGGGUUCUCCAUUGCCAAGAAGGAAAAGAAGCUGGGUAUCAAGGCCAGCAGCACGUGCGUUAUCAACUUUGACGAUGUUGAGAUCCCCAAGGAGAACCUCCUCGGCGAGGAGGGCGCGGGUUACAAGUACGCCAUCGGUCUGCUGAACGAGGGACGUAUCGGUAUUGCGGCUCAGAUGACCGGUCUCGCCCUCGGUUCCUGGGAGAACGCCGUCAGAUACGUCUGGAACGAUCGGAAGCAAUUUGGCCAGCUCGUCGGCGAGUUCCAGGGCAUGCAGCACCAGAUCGCGCAGUCGUACACCGAGAUCGCCGCGGCCCGCGCGCUGGUUUACAACGCGGCGCGCAAGAAGGAGGCGGGCGAGAAUUUCGUCAUGGACGCCGCCAUGGCCAAGCUGUACGCCAGCCAGGUCGCCGGCCGCGUGAGCGGCCUCGCCAUCGAGUGGAUGGGCGGUAUGGGCUUCGUCCGUGAUGGCCCUGCCGAAAAGUUUUGGCGCGACAGCAAGAUUGGCGCCAUCUACGAGGGCACGAGCAACAUUCAGCUCAACACCAUUGCCAAGUUGCUGCAGAAGGAGUAUACCGCAUAA